CGCUCCGAAGCAGAAAGCACCUUUCCUUUGUCCGCCGCUACUCACACAAAGAAACGUGCUUUCCCAAUGACAUCGCAUGUCUACCAAUGCGGGAUGGUACUACGAUUGCAGGCGUGGAGACGAAAGCGUGGCUGGUGCCUGCAGCAACAUGUCACAUCACGUGUUGGCGACGUAGGGAUGAGAGAGAGAGAAGAGGAUGUGCCUUGCUGCAGACACUCUCCCGAUCAGGCGAGGGAUUUGCGAGCCUUGCCAAGUCUUCCCUUUGUCGCAGCCGAGCAAUCCAGUGCUGACGAGUGGGGAGAGAGAAUCUCAGGAAAAAGGGAAAGCUUCCUACUCGACCAUGUGCUGCUCGCCUGUCGCGCUUGUGAAUCGAAAGUGGCCAGGGUUUGCAUCUCGUUCCUCCUGCAACCUGCAACAUCCCGUGCUCUCGGGGUUGUUCGUGAAAUAACCCCAGUGUCAAACCGCUUGCAAGCCACUUCUCGGAGGUUAUUGAUUCACUCUGCCGCCUGAUAUUGGGGCUGCAUCAUGGUGGCGUGACAAGACAAACGUGGGAGAUUGUCUCAGCCUUGCACUUGCACCCUGCCGUAGCCAAUCCUCCUCACUUUCUCGAACAAUCUGCGAGUCUAGCCAAUCACGUGCUCGGUCCCAGCGCUUCGGUGUCAGGACGGUUGAUGCCGUUGGGUUAGUCCGUUUUCGGUUCGGCGUCUACAGCGUACGGCGGCACAAGUCUUGCUCC